CUCUUGAAUUAGUUUGACCACAACUUCACUCUCACAAACUCACACACCUCUCUUUCACUCAUGGCCUUCAAUCCAUCCUUCACAUUCUUCUCAUCAUUUCACUUAUAAAACACACACAUAUAUAUAUACAUACAUAAACAAUCUCCACACACACACACACACACACACUCACACACCUGGUUUCAUUCAAUCCAAUUACCAACUGACUAAAUAAAAAAUGUCCGAAACAACAAAGCAGGCAAUGCCAGCAGCAGCUGAAAAGAAAAAAGAACAAAGUCUACCUUUCUACCAAUUGUUUUCAUUUGCAGAUAAAUACGAUUACAUUCUCAUGAUCUUUGGUAGCAUUGGUGCCAUUAUUCAUGGAUCUUCCAUGCCUUUUUUCUUCCUUUUGUUCGGUCAAAUGGUCAACGGUUUCGGUAAAAACCAGUCUGAUUUAAUCACCAUGACUCAUGAAGUCUCCAAGUAUGCUCUGUAUUUCGUAUAUCUGGGGCUAGUAGUGUGUGUAUCAUCAUAUGCAGAAAUUGGGUGUUGGAUGUAUACUGGUGAAAGACAAGUGAGCACAUUGAGAAAAAAGUAUUUAGAAGCAGUUUUGAAACAAGAUGUUGGGUUUUACGACACUGAUGCAAGAACAGGAGAUAUUGUUUUUGGUAUUUCAACCGAUACUCUUCUUGUUCAAGACGCCAUUAGUGAAAAGGUGGGGAACUUUAUACAUUAUCUUUCAACAUUUUUGGCUGGAUUGGUUGUUGGAUUUGUAUCAGCUUGGAAGUUAGCUCUUUUAAGCAUUGCAGUUAUUCCGGGUAUUGCAUUUGCUGGUGGGUUGUACGCGUAUACUCUAACGGGUCUCACGUCCAAGAGCCGCGAAUCCUAUGCCAAUGCUGGCAUUAUUGCCGAAGAGGCUAUUGCACAAGUUAGGACUGUGUACUCGUAUGUUGGCGAGACUAAGGCCCUUAACUCGUAUUCAGAUGCUAUCCAACAUACCCUCAAGCUCGGUUACAAGGCCGGAAUGGCUAAGGGUUUGGGGCUGGGAUGUACUUAUGGAAUUGCUUGCAUGUCUUGGGCACUUGUUUUCUGGUAUGCGGGUGUAUUUAUUAGGAAUGGGCAGACUGAUGGUGGAAAGGCAUUUACCGCCAUUUUCUCUGCCAUUGUUGGUGGCAUGAGUUUAGGUCAAUCAUUUUCAAAUCUUGGAGCUUUUAGCAAAGGCAAAUCAGCUGGAUACAAGUUGCUAGAAAUUAUCAACCAAAAACCUACUAUAACAACCAACUCUGUAGAUGGCAAGUGCCUAACCGAGGUCAAUGGAAAUAUUGAGUUUAAGGAAGUAACUUUCAGUUACCCAUCAAGGCCAGAUGUCAUUAUCUUCAGAGAUUUCUCCAUUGUCUUUGCGGCUGGAAAGACAGUUGCGGUGGUUGGUGGCAGUGGAUCAGGGAAAAGCACUGUUAUUUCGUUAAUCGAGAGGUUUUAUGAUCCAAAUCAAGGGCAAAUACUCCUAGACAAUGUGGACAUCAAGACAUUGCAACUUCGAUGGUUGCGUGAUCAAAUUGGUCUUGUGAACCAAGAACCUGCACUUUUUGCCACCACUAUCCUUGAAAACAUACUUUAUGGAAAACCUGAUGCAACUAUGGCCGAUGUGGAAGCUGCUACCUCUGCAGCCAAUGCUCAUAGCUUCAUUACCCUGCUUCCUAAUGGCUAUAACACUCAGGUGGGGGAAAGAGGAGUUCAGCUAUCUGGUGGUCAGAAACAAAGGAUUGCAAUUGCUAGAGCGAUGUUAAAGGACCCAAAGAUCCUACUUCUUGAUGAGGCAACCAGUGCUCUUGACUCGGGUUCUGAGAGCAUCGUGCAAGAAGCUCUUGAUCGUCUAAUGAUUGGCAGGACAACUGUUGUGGUUGCACAUCGGCUAUCCACCAUAAGAAACGUUGACUCGAUAGCAGUCAUUCAACAAGGACAAGUUAUUGAGACUGGGACCCAUGAAGAUCUAAUUUCAAAACCUGGUGCCUAUGCUUCCUUAAUCAGGUUUCAAGAAAUGGCAGGAAACCGAGAUUUCUCCAAUCCUUCAACCCACCGCACAAGGUCAACAAGACUGAGUCACUCAUUGUCAACUAAGUCUCUUAGUCUAAGGUCUGGAAGCUUAAGAAACUUAAGCUAUCAGUACAGCACAGGCGCAGAUGGUCGUAUAGAAAUGAUCUCAAAUGCUGAAACUGAUAAGAAAAACCCGGCACCAAGUGGGUACUUUCUCCGUCUUUUGAAAAUGAAUGCUCCGGAAUGGCCUUAUUCAAUCAUGGGAUCCGUAGGAUCAAUUCUUUCUGGAUUUAUCGGUCCAACAUUCGCCAUUGUAAUGAGCAAUAUGAUUGAGGUCUUUUACUACACUAAUCCUGCUAGAAUGGAGAGUAAGACCAAAGAGUGUGUUUUCAUCUAUGUUGGAGCUGGUCUGUAUGCUGUAGUAGCAUAUUUGAUACAACAUUACUUCUUUAGUAUUAUGGGUGAAAAUCUCACAACAAGAGUAAGAAGAAUGAUGCUUGCAGCCAUAAUGAGGAACGAAGUUGGUUGGUUUGACGAAGAAGAACAUAACUCAAGCCUAGUUGCAGCCCGGCUAGCCACAGAUGCUGCAGACGUGAAGUCUGCAAUAGCCGAGAGGAUCGCAGUCAUACUACAAAACAUGACAUCUCUACUCACUUCAUUUGUAGUUGCAUUCAUAGUGGAAUGGAGGGUGUCCCUUCUCAUUCUCGGCACGUUCCCUCUUCUUGUCCUUGCAUAUUUCGCUCAGCAACUUUCACUCAAAGGAUUUGCUGGGGACACAGCCAAGGCACACGCGAAAACAAGUAUGAUUGCUGGAGAAGGAGUUAGCAACAUUCGAACCAUUGCAGCCUUCAAUGCCCAAGACAAGAUUCUCUCCUUGUUCUCAGACGAACUCCGUGUGCCCCAGAAUCAAAGUCUUCGCAGGAGUCAGUAUUCGGGCAUGUUAUUUGGAAUUUCCCAACUCGCUCUCUUUGCAUCCGAAGCUCUAAUCCUUUGGUACGGUGCCCAUCUCGUUAAAGACGGCGUAUCCACCUUCUCUAAAGUCAUCAAAGUGUUUGUGGUCCUAGUUAUAACUGCAAACUCAGUAGCUGAGACGGUUAGUCUUGCACCCGAGAUUAUCAGAGGUGGUGAAGCCAUUGGCUCUGUGUUUGCUGUUCUUGAUAGGUCAACUCGUAUCGACCCAGACGAUCCCGAUGCUGAGAUGGUUGAAACUAUUCGAGGCGAGAUCGAGCUACGUCAUGUGGACUUUUCAUACCCUUCAAGACCUGAUGUAAUCAUAUUCAAGGAUCUUAGUCUUAGAAUCCGAGCGGGCCAGAGCCAAGCCCUUGUGGGAGCUAGUGGUUCUGGAAAAAGUUCCAUAAUUGCAUUAAUCGAGCGUUUUUAUGACCCGACUGCAGGAAAAGUCAUGGUUGAUGGAAAAGACAUCAGAAGGUUAAACUUAAGGUCCCUUCGGGCCAAAAUCGGGUUGGUCCAACAAGAACCUGCCCUAUUCGCAGCUAGCAUAAUGGAAAACAUCGCUUACGCGAAAGAAGAAGCUACAGAAGCCGAAGUCAUCGAAGCAGCACGUGCAGCAAAUGUUCAUACAUUCGUAAGCGGGUUACCUCAAGGGUACAACACACCAGUAGGCGAAAGAGGUGUUCAACUCUCGGGAGGCCAGAAACAAAGAAUAGCAAUAGCUCGGGCCGUUCUGAAAAACCCAACGAUACUCCUACUAGAUGAGGCAACUAGUGCUCUAGAUGCUGAAUCAGAAUGCGUGCUUCAAGAAGCACUUGAAAGACUAAUGAGAGGCCGAACCACGGUUCUAGUGGCUCAUCGAUUAUCAACCAUACGAGGUGUUGAUAGUAUCGGUGUGGUCCAAGAUGGGCGCAUCGUGGAACAAGGAAGCCAUAGCGAAUUGUUAGGCCGAGGAACCGAUGGAGCUUACUCAAGGCUGUUGCAGCUUCAACAACAUCGCAUAUGAUUUACAGAGUAUGGUAUGAGUUAGUAAAUUGUGUCUAUGUGUUGUGUUCUAAUUAACCUAUUGUUUUAACUUAUUGGGUUUAAUGUAAUUUGUUUUGUUAA